UGGCAUUUGAAUUUGGCUUUGGCGUUUACUACAAAAAAAAUAGACUGAAAUCUGAAAAAUAACCGGGUAAUUUUCCAGUUUGCUUAGAUUACGUACUUAUUUUUAGGCUUAACUUUUUAACAAUGACUUUGAUUUCAAAAUUACUCCGUGCAAAUAGAUCUAUCGAUUUGCUUCCUGUGAUUGGAAUUAACAAAUUUAAUUAUCCUCGUUGCUAUUCCACUGAAAAAGAAAAGGGGUUAACACAAAGUCGAGAAAGAGCUGAUGUAUCAACAGACGUCCGACCGCUUGGUGAAAAAAUCAAAGAGACUAGCAAAACCGUCUCAUAUACUGGUAUAAUAUUAGCUGGUUUAGGAGUAACCGGCAUCAUAUUUUACUACGUAUUUCGGGAAUUGUUUUCCAGCAAUAGUCCCAACAGUAUAUACUCUGUAGCACUAGAAAAAUGUAAAAACGACCCAAGAGUAGAGGAAGCUUUGGGUACUCCAAUUUUGGGUUAUGGAGAGGAAACUUCCAGGCGGAGAAGAACCAGAGUCAGUCAUGCAGUGUAUGAGAAAGAUGGAGUUAAACAUAUGAGAAUGAGGUUCUAUAUCAAGGGAAUUAGAAAUAAAGGUGUCGCUGAACUAGAUAUGAAGCAGAAUGAAUAUGGAAAUUAUGACUGCAGAUAUUUAUUAGUACAACUGGAUGACUACAGUGGUAAAACUUUCAUCAUUGAAGACAACCGUGGAUUUCUAGAUACUGGAAAACCAGAGUUUGGCAGCCAACAGUUGCCUACAUUAACUCUGACACAGUAAAUAGCCCUAGAAUAUGUAUUACAUAUGAAGUCAACCUGUAGAUAAAUGUAUAUUAUUUAGAUAAGUAAUAGAUAAUUAUGUUAAAUAAAUACUGUUGUUUAUU